AUGGACCAAACGAUUAGAGGCCAAUAUCAAAAUUUACCUCAAAAUUUACCUCAGAAUUUACCUCAGAAUUUACCUCAAAAUUUACCUCCUCAAAAUUUACCUCCUCAAAAUUUACCUCCUCAAAAUUUACCUCAAAAUUUACCUCAAAAUUUACUUCAGAAUUUACCUCAGAAUUUACCUCAGAAUUUACCUCACAAUUUACCUCAGAAUUUACCUCCCAAUUUACCUCCCAAUUUACCUCCUCAAGAAGUCAAUAUUUACAUCAAUACAUCUUUUGAUAAUCUUACUGCUAACCAAAAAUAUGAAAUUUUAACUAAAGGAACCGAAAACCUGUUUGCUAGAGCACCAAGAAUAAUAAAUCAGGAUAUUCAAUUAUCGACCGAUAUUCUUUCGGGAUCUUCCUUUCCUUGA